AUGUUGAAAAGGAAUCUGAAGGAGCUGGAAUUACUCUGGGGAAGGGAUGGACCAACUACAGAUGUUGAUAUUCUUGCAAGCUACUUGAGCCAAACAGAGCUGGAAUUAGUGUCGGGUAGAGAUGUUCCAACUGCAGAUGCUGAUAUUCUUGAUGCUCUUCAACCACACUCUAAUCUUAGAGUACUUACAAUUGCAAAUCAAGGUGGUACCGUUGGUCCUAGCUGGUUGUGUCUUGACAUCUGGUUAACUAGUUUAGAGAGACUCACUAUAGAAGGCGUAUGUUGGAGCACCCUCCCACCUUUUGGGAAGCUACCAAAUCUCAAGGUACUCAAUUUGAAGAAAAUUUCUGGAAUGAAUCAGUUUGGGCUGCGAUGUGGUGGCGCUCCAGGGAAAUGUUCUAUGCGCUUGAAGACAAUCGAGUUUUUUGAUAUACCACAACUUGUUGAGUGGGUUCUGGAACCUAAUUGCCAUUCCUUUCCAAGUCUUGAAACAAUCGAAUGCAUCGGUUGUCCCAAUCUCUGUGUGAUGCCCUUGUCGGAGGUAUCUUGCACCAAUUUGCGCACACUUCGAAUUGUCAGGUGCCCCAAGAUUUCUCUGCCCUCCAUGCCUCACACCUCCACACUGACAGAUUUGAAUGUUGAAAGAGGUGGAAGACGUUAUUCAGAAACAUUGUUGUCUUAUGAUGGAAACAGAUUGGUUGUUACAGGGUAUGGCGGUGCUUUGGCCUACCACAAUCUGGAUAAAGUAGAAUAUAUGGCUAUUGAAAAUGUAUCGCACAUUUCAUUGACAGACAUCAAAAAGCUUAAAUCCUUAACAGAACUAAGUGUCGGAAGAUGCGACGGUUUGUUCCCUGAAGAGCUGGAUGGCAGUAUUGUCUUCCAUUCAGUUAAGAGCCUCGAAUUAGACGUAUCUCAUCUUACCAGCAGCAAAUCAUCAUCGUCGAAAGUGUUAAACUGUUUCCCAGCUCUUUCUGUGUUGGUGAUAGUUGGCUAUGAGGAAUGUGUAAUGCAGUUCCCAUCAUCCACCUCACUGCAGAAACUUACCUUCUCAAGGUGUAAGGGCCUAGUUCUUGUGCCUGUGGAGAAUGGAGGAGGAAUUCAGGAGGACAAGUCAUUGCUCCAAUCAUUAACCAUAGUCAGCUGUGGCGAAUUGUUCUGUCGGUGGCCAAUGGGAGAAUCGGAGACCAUUUGCCCUUUCCCUGCUUCCCUGAGGGAACUUGAUGUUUGUGAAGAGCCAAGCAUGAAGUCAAUGGCUCUGCUCUCAAACCUCACGUCUCUCACCACUCUAAGCCUAAAACACUGUUGUAAUCUAACAGUGGACGGAUUCAAUCCUCUCGUCGCAGUCAACCUCAUGGAACUGGAAGUGCGUAUGUGCAACACCUUAGCAGCAGAUAUGCUCUCAAAGGUGGCCAAAUUAUUGCCUGCAGGUUACAUCUCUAGACUAGAGAAACUCACGGUGGAUGACAUCUGUGGAUUGCUUGUUGCUCCUAUUUGCAACCUCCUCGCCCCGGCCCUCCACACACUUAUAUUCGAGAAAGACAAUGAGAGGAUGGAAGGCUUGACGGAAGAGCAAGAGAAAGCGCUGCAGCUCCUCGCCUCCCUCCACAACCUAGGUUUUUGGUGGUGCGACGGUCUGCAGUCCCUUCCUCAAGGGUUACAUCGCCUCUCUUCUCUCAAGGAGUUACGUGUCUUUGGGUGUGAAGAAAUCCGAUCGAUGCCCAAGGAGGGCCUCCCCGUUUCGCUGAGAGAACUCCAGAUGAAUUGUCGCUGCGCUGAGAUAAAGGAGCAAAUUGAGAAAAUCAAAAGAGCCAACCCAGAUUUAUACGUCUAUUGA